AAGCUACUUCAGAUCAUAGGCCUUUGUUUUUGGAGUGCCAUAGUAGCAGUAUAACUAAUCCAAAGCCGUUCAAAUUUCUCAAUGUUUGGGCACAAUAUGAUGACUUCAAAAAUGUGAUUAAGGAUUAUUGGCUUACAGCUCCAACUCCUGGAGGAAUGAGGGGUUUGACUUUCAAACUAAAGGGUUUGAAAGAUGUUUUGAAAGAAUGCAAUAUAAAGAGUUAUAAAUAUCCCAGCCUCCCUAUUGCUGGAUACGCAGAAAAUAAAUCAACGUUCUUGAGAUCCUCUCGGCUUCUAUCCCUUUCAAUCUAGCCCUCGUUACUCGAUCCCUAUGGCAAUUACCCGCUGAAACGCUGCCCACGGUGAGGACAGUGGAUCCAACGAGCAAUCAGCACACGAAGUUAGUCCGCAGAAUGACACUCUAGCACAAAUCGCUCCAAGCUUUCUGUGUUGGAUGACCUCAAGGCAGAAGUGACUGCCAUGAAAGCGCAGGCCAGAAGUAAUUCUGGGAAGACAAAGAUGAGGCAGUAUAUGGACGAGUCUGAUGAUGAAAACGAUCACAACCACCGCCGAUUUCCGAGAUCCAAAGUUGAGUUCCCUAAAUUUAAUGGUGGAGAUCCAAGGGGAUGGGUGCUGAAGGCUGAAAAGUACUUCCGGUACUAUGGAACAUCAGAAGAAGACAAGGUGGAGAUAGCGGCCAUGCACCUGGAGGGCGACGCUCUCGACUUGUUUUCUUGGAUCAAUGCCGAAAGGACUCUCUUGUACUGGGAAGAAUUCAUCAAAAUUAUUGAGGAGCAUUUUGCUCUGCCAGAAUACUUAAACCCGGACGAACACCUAGUCCUAAUCAAACAAACAGGUUCUGUGCAAGACAAUCGUCAAGAAUGGGCAAGAAGGGUUGCUCGACUCCGAAAUUGUCCUGACCACUGUCUCUUGGGUGUUUUCAUGGCUGGUUUGAGAGAAGACCUGAGGUCGGAUGUCCGAAUUCACAAACCCAAAUCUGUGUUCAGGGCUUCCAGUUUAGCACUUGAGUUUGAAAAACGGAAUACAUCUCCGCGUUUCAAGACAAAUCAGACGGGCUCAAGCCGGUUUGCUGGUUCAGGCUCUUUCACUUCACCAAACCGAGAGGUUAAAAAAUCAGCCCAAUCUCAUUCGCCCCAGCCGCUCGCGUUCUCAGGCUCUGCAGCCAACUCAUCCUGUCGGUCAAACCAGCUAUUUAGAACAGCCGAUACAAACAGCCAGCAGCCAACAUCUGACAGCUAACCUCCAAACAAGGCCUAAGUCUCGCAUGGACAAUAAAUUCAUUUAGGGUUUCAAUGCUGGCAGAUUACCUUCUAUCAGCCAUCUGAUAUGUGCAGAUGAUUCGAUGAUCUCUGUUAAUGGAGCCACAAAGGAUUUUCUUAGAUUAAAUGGCAUCACUUAUAAUUAUCUGAUUGCUUCAGGACAAGAAAUAAACUUAGCUAAGAGCAGAUUCUAUACACAUAAGAAAGCCUUUGUUAAAAUGGUUCAUAAAAUGGAAAAAGGCCAUAGAAAUGAAAUGUGGCUCACUACCUUUUACUUAUCUGGGAGCAACCAUGUGCAAAGGCAAGAUGAAGAAAUAACAUUAUGCUAGUAUCAUAGAUCAUUUUGAUAUGUACAUUAAAUUUUGGUUUAGUAUGGUGAUAAACCAAAUGGGCAAGCUGGUGCUUAUCAAGCAGAUUCUGUCUACCAUUCCUCUACAUAUUAUGGGAGUACAUCAGAUACCUAUAUGGCUAAAUGAGUUAUCAAGAUGUUAAAUUAUAGGAUGGCAAAUUUUGUAUGGGGAUUUAAAGAAGGUAAGCCCAAAUACCCUUGUAAAUCUUGGGAUGAAGUUUGCAAAUCAAGUCAAACAGGUGGUAUGGGUAUCAGACCUUUGGAAGAAGUUCAACAGGCAUACUCCUUGAAGCUAUGGUGGAAGAUGCAGAAUGGAGUGGGCAUUUGGCCUGAUUUUAUGAGGGCUAAAUACAAAAAGGGAGAUACUCUCAAAGAAAGGUUGACAGAUUCCUCUACCUGGAAGAGGAUAUGCAGAAUAGAUGAGACUGCAGCAGCUCAUAUUUUUUUUGGAUCAGAUAGAACGCUUUGGAAUGGAGGCCCCUUCACUCUUAAAAAGGCAUAUGAAGAUUGUUAGACAUUCAUAAUUAGUAUAAAUAUUGUUUAUGGAA